AUGGUCGCCUCAACCCAACAGCACACCCUCGCCAUCCUCGAUGACUAUCACGAUAUCGCAAAACCGUACUUUGCAAAGAUCCCCAAUCUGAGCAUCACCACCUUCCCAACCACGCUACAUCCACAACACUCCCCCUCCGACCACGCAGCCCUCAUCGCCCGUCUCUCGCCCUUCACCAUCAUCUCUACCAUGCGCGAACGCACACCCCUACCCGCCAGCAUCCUCACCCAGCUCCCCAACCUUCGCCUGCUCCUCACCACCGGCACCCGCAAUCUUUCCAUCCCCGAGGCCACCGUCGCAUCCCUCUCCAUCACCUACGCAGGCACUGUCCCACCCCCAAAACCAACCCACGCCCCCGUCGUCCCCACCACCAAAGCCGCCAGCGUCGGCUACAGCAACACCAACGAGCACACCUGGGCUCUCCUGCUCGCCCUCGCCAAGAACGUGCCGCAGGACGACUACAACGUCAAAGCCCGCGCCAGCGGCGGUUGGGAGACGGCGCUGGUCACCGGCCUGGCAGGCAAGACCAUUGGAUUGCUAGGACUGGGUCGUCUGGGCGCGCAGGCCGCCGUCACCGCCGCACUGGCCUUCGGCAUGCGCGUCGUGGCCUGGAGCGAGAACCUGACACAGGCGAAGGCCGAUGCGGUGGCGGAACGCGCCGGGCUCGACAAGGGCGCGUUCCGGGUCACGGCGACCAAGAGGGAGUUGUUUGAGGUGAGUGAUAUCGUGAGUGUGCAUCUGGUCUUGUCGGAGAGGAGCGUGGGCGUCGUGGGGGAGGAGGAGUUGUGGGCGAUGAAAGAGGAUGCGUUGUUGGUCAAUACGAGCCGGGGCCCGCUCGUCGAUGAGAAGGCGCUGCUGGCGGUGCUGAAGAAGGGAGCGAUUGCCGGCGCGGCCCUCGAUGUGUUCGACGUCGAGCCCCUACCCGACGAUAGCGAGUGGCGGAGUACCGAGUGGGGCAAGAAUGGGACGAGUAGGGUGGUCUUGAGUCCGCAUAUGGGUUACGCCGAGACGCGAACGAUGCAUUCGUGGUAUGAGCAGCAGGCGGUCAAUGUGGAACGCUGGCUGAACGGGGACGAGGUAUUGAACAAGAUACUGCCGCAACAGUGA